UCACGCCACGUCAGCUAACCCGAAAGCUAGGUUAAGAAAAGCGAAAAAAAGAAAUUCUUUGAUCUUCCUCUCACUUCAAUUCCCAGUUCGAUUGAAUUCUUGAAGGAAAGCUUGGAAGUCAUUUCUAGGUUUUCUUUCUCGCUUCGCAAAAUGAGUAUCACGAACAACGACAAUAACAGUAACAGCAAUAGCAAUAGCAAUUACAGUAAUUCCGGUGAUCGAGAUCUAGGGUUGUACUUCUUGGAACUGGUUCGUCAGAGGUCUUCGUUGGCGGCUGCUCUUCCUCUUAGACCGGGUUUGAUGGACCAGGACAAGAAGCAGUCCCAAGACCAGCGUGUGAUUGGGGUCAUGGAAGCACCAGGGGAGGUGGAUGAGGACGAUGGAGAGGAGGAAUUGCCGACGGAGCUGAACACAAUCAACAGUUCAGGUGGCUUUCUGGUGGUGUCCACCGAUAAACUUUCUGUGAAGUACACGAGCGUUAACCUCCAUGGGCACGAUGUCGGAGUUGUGCAGGCCAACAAACCCGCUCCCGUCAAGCGCCUGGUCUACUAUUUCGAAAUUUUUGUCAAGAAUGCUGGGGUUAAGGGCCAGAUUGCCAUCGGUUUUACCAGCGAGAGCUUCAAAAUGAGGAGGCAGCCCGGGUGGGAAGCAAACAGUUGCGGAUAUCAUGGAGAUGAUGGGCAUCUUUAUCGUGGACAAGGAAAAGGGGAUGAUUUUGGCCCAACCUUUACGACCAAUGAUACAGUUGGGGGUGGCAUUAACUAUGCAUCGCAAGAAAUAUUUUUCACUAAAAAUGGGACUAUUGUGGGAACGGUGUACAAGGACAUAAAGGGUCCCUUAUUCCCUACAGUUGCUGUUCACAGCCAGAAUGAGGAGAUUGAGGUCAACUUUGGGCAGAGACCAUUUGCUUUCGAUCUCAAGGAAUAUGAAGCACAAGAAAGGAUGAGGCAACAAAUGACAAUCGAGAAGAUAUCUUUGCUACCAAAUGUUAGUCAUGUAAUUGUUCGUGCCUACUUACUACAUUAUGGCUAUGAAGAAACACUUGACGCAUUUGACUUGGCAAGUAAAAGUACCAUACCUCCUAUCAAUGUGCCUCAAGAGAAUGGUGUUCAUGAGGAGGACAUGGCAUAUGCCUUAAACCAGAGAAAAGCAAUUCGUCAGCUAAUUAGGAAUGGUGAGGUUGAUGCUGCAUUCAGUAAACUCCAAGAAUGGUAUCCCAAGAUUGUUCAGGAUGAAAAAUCGGCGACUUGCUUUCUACUUCACUGUCAAAAGUUCAUUGAACUUGUUCGGGUUGGAGCUCUGGAAGAAGCUGUGAGAUAUGGAAGGAAUGAACUGGCAAGGUUUUUUGGGUUGGCUGGAUUUGCGGAUAUGGUUCAGGACUGUGUUGCAUUGCUGGCAUAUGAACAUCCGCAGGAGUCCUCAGUUGGAUACCUUCUCAAGGAUUCACAGCGUGAGCUUGUAGCUGAUACAGUAAAUGCCAUGAUCUUGUCCACAAAUCCCAGGGUCAAAAAUUUGCAAGGCUGCUUGCAUUCAUGUCUUGAGAGGUUACUCAGGCAGCUAAGUGCUUGCUGCUUAGAGAGAAGAUCCUUGAAUGGGGACCAAGGCGAAGCUUUCCGUUUGCGCAGAGUACUUAAUAGUGGUAAGAAGGCGAAGUUCUAGUUGGUAUAUUUGUUGUACUUUUCAUCUUCUGUUCAUUUGGGCAAGUUGGUCUAUAUAUGAAGAUGUUACCAGUGAGCAUCAUAUUGUUUGUGGCAUUUGCCCUUCGGAGUGGAAGCCCUCUAUGUAUAGGCAAUCUGUGUUCCUGCUUCACUCCCUCGUAAGGUUGCGGUCUUCUGUACAGGACUGUAAGCUUGUGCUAACAAACUUGAAUGUGAAAAAAAAAAAAAUUCAACUACAUUCAAUGAUGUUUUCCAUAUGAUUAAUCUUUUAGAUCUAAAGCCGGGUGAAUGAUACGUUGUGUUUCGUUGUAUAUACAUUUGGGGUUCUGGGGAAGCUGUAAUUGGUAAAAUCGUUCGUCUUCCAUUGGAUUGUAUGGAUAUAUUGGAAAAAUGAAUAAGUUGGUUCGUGGUUGCGUGCU